CGUCUAAGUGCAAGUAUGACAUGACUCUACUGCCUAGAUGCCGCUUCCUUCCCACAGAAACUCCCCCGUCGCCAACAUCCUCCUUUCCAUCGUUCAACUCUUGUUCUGCAAAGUACUGUUGGCUCUAGCUAUAGCAGGACAUAGCUCUAUAAGCCCAACUUAGCUUUGUAACUAUUGCAGUCGACCAUUUGCUAUAUUGGCUGCAAAAUCUUGCUCUUCCACUCCCUUCUCUAUCCUCUUCCCUUUAUUUCUCGUUGUGACCUACACAACGAUAUCUUAUCGGAUAUACUUUGCUUCCAGGUAUAUCCCAUCGUGGAUCGAAUGAUAAAUCAACUCGUCUCAACAGACUCGUAUUGAUAUAAAUACGAUGUCUUCCACUGCUUCUUCCUCUUCCUCCUCGAGCAUCUACCACAGUGUCGGCUCCAGCGAGCUGGAUGAUCGCCUUGGGAAGUUGAUCAUGCCAUGCUCCAAGCCCACUCCUAGCCAAAGCAGCGACUACCAAGCUGUGGAGGUCCCCGACGACUUCGGCACAAGCCUAACCUCCGAAGCAUCCGUUAGUAUGUAUGUGCUCGAGGAGAUGAAAGCCUAUAAAAUGAAGGAAGCCUUCUACAGUAGCAAAGGCGAGGUUCUUGGCAGAGGAGCCUACGCACAGGUCCGCGUCGUCUAUAAGCGCAACAGCAAAGACAGGACAUCUCGUUAUGUUGCCAAGGAGUUCUUCGAGAGGGAGGAGGCCCCAUACGAUGUUUUCAUGCGCGAUAUUCGUAAAGAAUUCAUCGUCGCUCGUCAUGCUUGUCAUCCAAAUGUCGUCAAAACUGUUGACCUUUGCAUCAACGAGAGGCAGUGUAGCAUUGUCAUGGAAUACUGCAGCCAGGGUGACCUCUUAGAUGUCCUUUCGAUCGGCCGGCUAAGCACCACUGGCAAAUUAUGCCUGUUCAAGCAGCUUUUACGUGGUGUAUCCUACCUCCAUAACCAUGACAUCGCCCAUCGAGACCUGAAGCCAGAGAACCUGCUCCUCACGGAAAGAGGCGUUCUCAAGAUUACCGACUUUGGUUUCGCUGUGGUCUUCAGGAAUCCCAAGAUAGAUCCCGAUAGAGUCCGCCAGUGUUCGAACAAAAACAUCUGCGAUACCGAACCCUAUCUGCCACAUGAGGUAUGGUACAGUAGAUACUAUGACCCUCGCCGGCUUGAUGUAUGGGCCUGUGCCUUGAUCGGACGAUACUUGUUCAACCAUAGCAUGGCCUGGGAGGUCGCCGACAGCGAAAAAGAUAUGCAUUUCCAAAGGUUUGUACUUGAUUGGGCGGGAUUUCGUAAAAGCCGUUGUGUCAGCCUUAUUGAUUGGGCUGAUAUCCACGAAUGGCAGCCAGGGUUCCGGCCUACAGACUACCCGAGCCCUGAGAUAUGGUCUCUGAUUCUCCUAAUGCUGCACAUUUACCCCGACAAAAGACUCACAAUCGAUGAAGCCUUGAAUAGCCCCUGCAUUCAAGCUAUUGAUUGCUGUUCUCCGACGGGGCUUGAAACAGCUUCUACAAAUUCUCACUCUCCUCCUGAAACUCAUCAUCAUUGUCAGGAUCCCCUGUUGCUGUCACCACCACAGCACUUAUCAGACACGGACAGCAGCACAACCAAGUCAAGUGACAUCAAUAGGCGAGUAUAUUCGAGUGAGUAG